GCUUUUAUGUGUUUGGAGUUGUUAUGCUUAUCUGAAACCGUGAUCUCGCUGUUGGUUUGUUGGAAUCUCGCCAGAUCUGAUUUGUAUUUGGUUAAAAUCAACGGCGUUGGUGAUGUCGCUUAUUUCUCUUUCAAAUCCCACUGGAGCAUUGGGAAAUGUCUGUUCAUUUCUGGUCAAAGUUGUUGUUCUUUGUUGUGCAAUUUCCAUCACCAAUGCUGAUUUUUCCAGUAAUCUACUCCAAGCUCCAGCACAAUCUCCCACCUUGGCGGCUGAGGGUGCACCGGCUGUUUCUGAUCUUCCCUCACCUUCCAAUCUGCCAUUGGUUCAUAGACCACACCGAAGACAUUUUUCACCACACAGCGCACCAACACUUUUAGCGCCAACCCUACCUCCUCUUCGUGGUCCAUUAAUAAUUGCCAGUCACCCUCCUAUCAGUUCACGCCUAUCAAAACCUUUGAUGAAGAGGAGUGCAUCAUUGCCUCCAUCAUUGCCUCCUGGUGUGGAUUUGCCAAAUAUUGCUCCCGCACAGAUCAGUCCUGGUCCAAUUUCUGCCGGUUUAGCUCAACCACCAUUGUCUCCUGAAGGGUCCAGCUGUUGCAAACCAGGUUCAAUUUUGAAACGAGGGGCUCAUGGUUGUCACUGUGUGUAUCCCAUAAAGCUCGACCUUCUCCUUUUAAAUGUCUCUCAAAGCACAAAUCGGAAUGAUUUUCUAGUUGAGUUAACUUCUCAGCUUGAUUUGUUGCCUGAUCAAGUCGAGAUUAUCAAUUUUUAUAUGCUCAGCUUAUCAAGAUUAAAUAUCUCUAUGGAUAUUAUUCCACACACGGGGAUCAGUUUCUCUGCCAGUGAUGCAUCAAAAAUUAACUCUUCACUUGUGAUGCAUAGGGUUCGUUUUGACUCCAGUGUAGUUGGAGAUUACAAAAUCCUUAAUUUUAUCUGGUUUGAGCCUCCAGCGCCUUCCCCAGCUCCUGUCUCGGUUUCUAGACCAAGAGCAGCAUCGGCGCAUCAAUCCUCCAAUUCCACAUCACUCAACUCCUCAAACAAGAGAAAAAAUUUAAAUUUUAUUUUUAUUUUUGGUAUUUCUGCUGGCAUACUGGUUUUUUCUAUAAUAUCAGUGCUUAUAAUUUGUUCGUGCAUAUUCCAUGAAGGAAGGACAAAAGCGUAUCCCAAGGAAUCUGUAAAGCCAAGGACAGCUGAUGCUGUUGCCCAAGCAGGGUCUUUCCCCCACCCAAGCAGUACAAGGUUUCUACAGUAUGAAGAACUCAAAGAAGCAACAAACAACUUUGCACCUUCAAGCAUACUAGGGGAAGGGGGGUUCGGCAGAGUUUUCAAGGGUGUUUUAACUGAUGGUACUGCUGUAGCAAUUAAAAGGCUUACCAAUGGAGGGCCUCAAGGAGAUAAAGAGUUUUUGGUUGAAGUUGAGAUGCUUAGCAGGUUGCAUCAUCGUAAUCUUGUGAAACUUGUAGGUUACUAUGGCAGUCGCGAGUCUUCACAAAACCUGCUUUGUUAUGAGCUUGUUCCGAAUGGAAGUUUAGAAGCCUGGCUUCAUGGCCCCUCGGGAGUAAAGUGUCCUUUGGACUGGGACACCAGAAUGAAGAUUGCACUUGAUGCUGCAAGAGGACUUGCAUACUUGCACGAGGACUCCCAACCAUGCGUUAUCCACCGAGAUUUCAAAGCAUCCAACAUAUUACUCGAGAAUAACUUUCAUGCUAAAGUUGCUGAUUUUGGCCUUGCCAAACAAGCACCCGAAGGCAGAACAAAUUACCUGUCUACUCGCGUAAUGGGCACCUUUGGGUAUGUAGCUCCUGAGUAUGCUAUGACUGGACAUCUACUUGUAAAAAGUGAUGUUUACAGCUAUGGAGUUGUACUACUCGAGUUGCUCACUGGAAGGACACCUGUCGAUAUGUCUCAGCCAUCGGGACAGGAGAACCUCGUCACCUGGGCGAGGCCAAUCCUGAGAGACAAGGAUCGGUUGGAAGAGCUUUCUGAUCCAAGGCUUGGAGGGCAGUACCCGAAGGAAGAUUUCAUGCGGGUUUGCACAAUUGCCGCUGCUUGUGUUGCUCCUGAGGCUAGUCAAAGGCCAACAAUGGGUGAAGUAGUACAGUCAUUAAAAAUGGUGCAGCGCGUUACAGAAUAUCAGGAUUCCGCAUCAACCAUUUCCAAUAACCAGCCCAACCGGAGGCAGUCUUCAACUACUUUCGAGUCUGAUGAGACAUCUUCAAUGUUCUCUUCUGGUCAUUUCUCUGGUCUCGGUGCUUUCGAAAAUGACAUCUCACGUACAGCAGUUUCCUCUGAAGAUCUUCACGAGGGACGAUGAACACUUUCCAAGGGAGAGUAAUUGAAGCAGACUCUUGUAUGCGGAAGCUCGACAAUGGAAUACAA